AUGGAAACAGAAACGACACCAGCAAACGAAGCGGUAAAGAGUGAAUCGGAUCAACCGGAUCAGCCACGAAAGAAGACCAAGGAGGAGAAGAAAGAAGAAUAUAAACCACCACCAUUGGAUGAGCCAUUGGGAACAUGGCGAAAAGUUUUGAAAGACGUUUGGGUGGCUGACAAUAAGGACAUGAAGGUGAGAGCUCGUAAAGCUCGUUUGAUUUAA